AAAAUGUCGUUGCGACUUUCUGAUCCUGAAAAACCUAGAAAGAAAUUUAAGAAAAUAAAACGACGGAAAGGUUCAAAAAAGACCAAAAAUAUUGAAUCAGAAGUGACCGUUUCAACAGGUUACUCCCAAGAUGUAGAUCCCCCAUCAACUAUAAUUACAUCUUUGAAUUCGGCUAUAAUAAAAUGGAACCAAGAGGAGGCUCGUGGCAUCGAUCCGUAUGAACAUGGAGAUUAUUCGAAAAUGCCGCAUGAAGCUCCGAACGAAGUAAAUUUUGUUGGAGGAAUAGGACCGAAUACCGGUCAUCAUCGAUCGAAAAAGUUCAUUGAUCGAACGACACAAAUCCAGCAGAUAUACAACAUGAGAUGUGAUAAUAAGACAAUUUUCAAUUUUUGUGAGGAUCCACGACCCAGUAAUAUACCUUUAAGAAAGAACAUUAAUGACGCUGAGAAAGCGGAAAUCGUCGCUAAAAACACUGCUCGUCGAAUCGUUGCAAUUCAGCACGAACAACUUCCCAUAGAAAAGCCGUCUGAUCAAUCCACUUUAACUGAACAAGUACGGGAACAUACAUCAGAUGCCUGCCUCGAAGACUAUCAAUUCACUGACAAUAAACAAGCGAGCCUGGAGAUACGUAAACAGUUCCUUGAUCAAAAGCGAACUCUUUUAAAGCAAAAAUUAAAAGUCGAAGUGCCACAGCGUUUAGGCGAUGAGUACCGAAAGGAAAAAUUUAAAUUGUCUGAGUACUAUGAUAUCGAUAAGACUCCAGGAGAAGUGGACAUGGAGUCGGUAAUACAAGUUGAAGAGGAUUGGACUGAAAAGUACAAGGUCGAAGCACACUAUUGCGAUCUAAAAUUUGGUAGACCAAUGCCGUUCAUACCGACUCUUCCGCAAACUGAAAAGUUGGUCUCUUUAACAAGAACACUAGAUAAACCAAGGAAUCUAGAGAAGUUGAGAGAAGAAGUACAAAAUUAUUCAAAGCCCAUAGAAGAAAAUGUGAUGAAUGACUUUCCGUAUCGAGAAACUGCCCGCGAACUGAAGAAGAUUCUACAGAAACAAAAAAUAGAAAAUCUUUCCAUUGAAUUGGCUUUGAAAGACUUUGACGAAUUUAUGGAAAGUUCAAAUGUUCUUAAUGGCGCUCAUGAUGGUCAGCAAGAAAUAAUACAUGACGAGCCCCGUGGGCAACAUCUACAUGUAGUGAUGAAAGACUACGAAGAGAAAAUUCUGAAGAAAUUACUGGAAAUUGACGCGCCAAGUUUUGAAAGGCCCGAUGAAGAUCCUGAACUUUUGGAAAAUAAUGAAGAGAAGAAGAAAGAUGUUUCGUCGCAAGAAAUCACCUUGCCGAUGGAUUUUACUUAUCCAUUUGAAGCAAGACAAAUUGACGUUGCAGUGGCUAAGGGUUGCGCUGAUAUAGAGCAAGACGUAAGCAAUAUUCCUUCCGAAGAAAGUCGCCUACAAGAAAAUGAAACAGAGCAAAGAAAUGAUAGAGAGGACGUUAAGAAAACGGAAUCAUUCUGCACGAAUUUUACCGACGAUAGCGGCAGUUUCAUUGCAGUUCCAGGAAAGAAACUUCAUUUCAAUCAAUUGCUGUCGACUAAGAAGACUACUAAAAUUAGACCACAAAAGCCAGCGAAAAAAUUUGACGAAUAUCUUUGCCCCUACGAAGUACUCCCAUUAAAAGAAGCAAAAAAAUUAAAUCGAAGAGAUAACAAGCUGGUACCUGAAUUUGAUUAUAAAGAGCGUUUGAGGGUGGAUGUCCCUCAAUUCGAUUCAGAGCGUAUUGGUGUAAAGAAUAGGAAAUAUGUGAGUCAACUUGCCACGGAAUGGGAUGAAUACUAUCAGAAAGAAAUUCUUAACCGACCGAGAAUUCGAAGAUUUAAACCGAGAACGAUUAUCAAACAGGUAGUGGACAGUCUAAGGUUGAAAUACGAAUCGACGUUUAAGCGGGAAUAUCUAACAGAGAAGACUAUCAUCAUUGAACAAGAAAAGAUGUUUAUUCAGCGAGCUGAAGAGUUUCGCGAUUUUUGUACGGCAUUUUUCUCAAAUUUAACAACAACCAACUACCGCCAAUCCAUGGCCAAAAUACAAGAUCUACGACCGAUGUAUGAGUUGAAUGAUCAACUAACAUCGGAACUGACAUCCCUUCAAAAUGAACUAAUCCAGCUGAGAACAGCUAUCAUUCGUACUGAGGGCAGAGCGAGAGAGGCGACAAUUCUUCAAAAUGUGAGCUAUUUAAUGAAAGAGCCCAAUUGGCGGGAGAAAAAUGACUGGAUCCAUAAGAAACCGGACGGAUAUCUUGAAACUAUUAAAGAAUCCAUUGAGAAUCGAAUGACAACUAAUUUACGCAAGAGGGACAAUGACAAUGUGUGGGCGAUCAAAGAAUUUUUCGAACAACAAAUAUUCACGAACAAGCGUCCAGCUCUGAUUUGCUUCGAGACACCACAAGCAAUCAUCGACACGAUUACCGAUUUCAAAAUUCAAUUGUAUCUGUCGCUAUUAAAACUGGAUCUAUCCACAUGGACUCUAGUGAAUCUGUCGCAUGCAUACAAUUCGUAUAUUAAAUGGUCCACGGAUUUCAUUGAGAACCGCAAAAAGUAUGUUGAAGCUCGUUGUGCUCGAAAAUAUUUUCUCGAUAUUUGUACGACACAUAUGAAGAAAGAUGCUGUUGAGCUCAUAAAUAGCAAAUUGGUGGAAUCAAUUUCAGAGAAAACACUUCGUACAUUGGAACCGUUAUGCAAUACCCUCUUCAUCAUUGUGAUUCCGAAAAACAUUCGGGACCAAGUAGCUGAAGGUAGCAGUGUUCUGUUGAAAUUUCGUUUGAUCAUAUCCCAUGCUAUGAACAUGCUAGAACAAAUAGAUUCGAUUCCAUCAACGAAGCGUAAAGAAAUUGAAAAGAAUAUCCGCAAAGAGAACGGUUUCAUUGAACGACGAACGGCUCGUGCAGUUGAAUUGGAAACUCAUUUCGAGAAAGCUAGAAAAGUUAUGAUUAAGCAUAGCAAUCCACCGUUCCGUCGACAGCCACGUACAGGAAAGCUACCUCGAUCCUAUGCAAAAACAUCGAAACCGAAACCGGUACAAAAAGACGGGCAGCCUGAAGAUGGAUAUCAAACGGUUCGUCUAGCGAUCAGCAGACAAGACUUUGAGGUUUUCUUACCUCCAAAUCCAAGCUACUUUUAUUUGGAUUCAACGUUUUUCGGAGGGGAUGCUGAUGUUCCUAACAUGGACUUUUUGCCGGAAAUAAAGACCAACAUCGACGAAUUUAUCGUUGAUGUCAAAAAUGUGUUGGCAAAGUGGGAACAGAAUAAACAGGAGAGAUAUUUGGAAGAAGUGCAUAACACUUGGACGACAACUUUUGGUGGUGAGUCAGGAUGACGGAUAGUUGCAAUAAAAAAAUUGUUGAAAUAUAAAUCAAAAUUUUGUGUGCUCGGAA